AUGAUGUUCCUGGACGAGCGGAUCUGGACGUUGUUCAAGCGCCACUGGCAGCACACUCUAACCUACUGGAGUGUCUUCUUUAGUUUCGGCCUGUGCAUCGCUUUCCUCGGGCCCACCAUCCUGGACCUGAGGUGUCAGACCAAGUCUACUCUGCAGGAGAUAACCUGGGUCUUCUUCUCCCAGCAGCUCUUCCUGCUGGUGGGCAGCAGUCUGGGGGGACUCUUCAAGAAGACGUGAGUGUGGGGAGGGGCGCUGAUCGGACUGGGGUGGAAAAUGAUCUAUUGACCGGCUACUCGCUCACAAUAAUAUAUCUACAUUCAUGGAUUACUAUUAGUUUAUAUUCAGAAUGAGACUAGUUUAGUCUUUUGGGAGCCCCCUCUGAACACUCCAUGUAUUUGAUUGUGGUUGUACAGCCCUGGUUUGUGGUGAAACCCAUGUUAGCACUCAAACACAUCUUAAAACAUAAAGUUAACAUGGUAUGAGACUAAACUAAAUUAUAAAGUAAAAAAAAAGAACAUUUCAGACAAGUGGUGGGGUGUAUGGGAAAACAAACAAUAUGCAGUUGGAAGUAAAGUCAUAAAAACACAGAGUACAUUAACAAUUUUUUAAUAAACAUCCCAUCUCCAAGUAAAGGAAAUAGUAUCUUCUCGUGUUAAACCUGAAGAUUGAAAUUAGAGUGUUUUCAGGCAUUAGAUAAUAAGACAAAUUAUAUUACCUCAUACCAGAUGAGGCAGAAAUAUCUGACAAAAUUAAGAUAUUCCACUCAGAGGCAAAGUUUGGAGAACGUAACAUACACACACUGAGCAUUUUUUGGUCUAAAGGAUGUCUAAUAGACGUAUAAAUGUAGUCUAGACGACUGUCUAAAAUCAGGCUACCACAGGUCUAAAAAUGAAAGUUUUCAGACGUCUAAAUUUUUGUUUUUAAAAGCGCUGUCCAAAUAAAAUGAAUUAUUAUUAUUAUUAUUAUUAUUAUUAUUAUUAUUAUUAUUAUUAUUAUUAUUAAAUUUAGACCAGGAAUAGACUAGCCAGCUAACAGAGGUCUACCAGUAUUUUGCUCAACGGCUAUCAUAAUUAUUUUGGUUUAAUACUUGGAGAUCAGUUAUGCAACUCACAGUUGCUUUUUGAAAUAAAUACUUAUCGAAUAGCGGGUUAAAGUGCAACGUUUAAAUUCCGUCUACAGAUAUACAGAAUCUAGAUGGUUGAAAUUAGGUCUAAAAAAUAACUAGACGUCUCAUAGCCGUCUAUUGCUCAGUAGGCAGGUAUGUAAGGACAGCAGAUUUUUUUUUAAAUACAAAAGUUGCUCCUGUUCAGUUUUAGGGGAGCUAAAAGUUGGUGGGAAUUCAGGCGCUAAAGUCUUGCAUCCCUCAGAUCCUGGCUACAGCCCAGCCUGAAAGAGUAAAAGACUUGUCAGUGUGUCAGUGUUGAGGAGUUCACACACAGUUCGACUGUAUCCUACAUUUGACAGUCAAAUCUGGAAUAUCCAAAUGACUGGCGCUUGCUGAUCGGCAUAUGGAGCAGUCCCUGUAUCUGGCUUUGGGUGUGCAUUUGAUCAGUGUGAAAUGGUUAUAACAGAUGUCUUCAAUGUAUGAUACACAGUGGACACUGCCACAUUAUUUUAACUAAGUACAAAUACAUGAAUUUACUUCAUCAGGAUUUUGCCAUUGAAGUUAUUUACAGAUGACAAACAAAACUUGCCCGUCAUCUAUAGGCUGAUGAGUGGAUUGCUCUGAUACAACUUCCUUGUCCUGAAACUACUGAAACAGUUUCACCUUUAGCAUUACUCAAGCUUUCAGUCAGGCUAAUUAAGCUGUCACUCCAGAUGAGAACCUGUCCUUCAGGAUCUAAAGUAUUUUGAACCACCUACACUCGUUCCUAAGGGAGUCAUUUGGGGUUCAGUGUCUUGCCCGAGGGCACUCCUUUAUGUAGAAUACAGGAGCCUAGAAAUGAGCCAUGACAUUUUACAAACAUGUGAUUUGUGCACCAUGUCACAGUUUAGAGAACCCUUAUAGUUGCAUUGAUUUAAACUUUAGAGGGUGAGGAGUAGAUGUCUGUGGCUAAUUGAAUGAUUGUGAGAAAGUCAGAGUUACAAUCUGUACUUUCCCCAUCUGUAAAUGCAAUUUCGUUGUGCACAGUUGCAAUGACAAUAAAGACCACACCAUACCAUACCAUACCAUACCAUACCAUACCAUACCAUACCAUAAUUCUGAGCGUCUGCAGUCUUGUGUUGAUCCCCUCUGAAAUCUGACUGAUUCCAAACCUGAUGACAUAAUAGCCAACGAGAGAAAACACCAACAGACCGAUGAAGCAUGAUGAAAGUCCAGGUAAUGGCCAGAGUCAGGUGGAUUGACAUUAUGAAUGUAUGUAACACUUGUGAACCCUAUUUGAUAGUGAAAAAUGUAGCACUCUGAAUCAGGCUCUGAAGAUUUUGAGAUUAAUAACAUAAAGUUUUGAGCUGAAAACAAAUAGACUUUUUUUCUUUUGAUUUGUGGCCAGGUUUACGAUCAUGCAAAGGACUUAGCGGAUUACUUUAUUGUGUAAUUUUGUGCACCUUUUUAUAGCUGACUAUUAUAUCCGGGCAGCUGAAUGACUGUGCUCGGAUAUGAUGCUCUGCAAACAGUGCCAGCUGUGAAGUCAGUGUGUGGAGCAAUUUACAGCGCACCAAAAGUAUAUUUUCCUGCAGGAUUUGUACUGUCAUAUAUGAUUUAUCUGCACAGAGAACAUUUACGACCUGAACUCCAAAGAAUUGGGAUUCUUUUGUCAAAAAAAAAAAAAGUUUAAGAUCAUUUAAACCCAUUGUUUUAUUGAAAAUAGUGCAAGGAAAACAUCUGAAUGUUUUAUCAUUUUGUAAAAACAAAAAACAAAAAAAGGGUUGGCCCAUUUGAAAUUUGUUGGCAGCAAAAUAUUUGAAAAACGUCAUGACAGGAACAACAAAACUCUGAAAGAGUUAUGUAAUGCAAAAUAAAAACAUCUGAAGGCACAUCCUAACAAUGAGAAUAAUUUGCAGUAAGUCAGUGACGAGUGAGUAGUCACAAAAGAGAGGCUGGGCCUUCAAGAGGCAAAUAUGGAAGUCUGUGAGAGACUGUGUGAGCAGAUAGUUGAACCAUAAUGUUGCCACGAUCUAUAAUACCAUGAAAAGAUUCAGAGACUCUCUAGGAAUCUCAGUACAAAAAUGCAAGGCUUAAAAACUUUCCUGUAAGGUUGUGAUCUUCAGACCUUCACUGCUUUAAAAACAGAUGGGACUCUGAAUUGGAAAUCACUGCGUGGGCCCAAAUUUACAUCCAAAAUCCUCAUCAUCGCAACUACAAAGCCAGUCAACACUAGUCCAUACAAAGAGAGAAACUGUGGAAAACUGUCCUGUGGUCUGACAAAUAAACAUUGACCCAUCUAAAGAGGUAUGAAGACUAGGAGUGGGAAUCACUACUGGCCCCAUGAUACGAUAUUAUUGCGAUACUUGGGCCACGAUACGAUAUUAUUACAAUACUUGGGCCAAAUAUGAUAUUAUUGCGAUACUUGUGCCAUGAUACGAUAUUCUCACGAUAUUGGGCCACGAUACGAUAUUAUUGCGAUACUUGGGCCACAAUACGAUAUUUUCAUGAUACUUGGGCCACAUGAUACGAUAUUCUCAUGAUACUUGGGCCACGAUACAAUAUUAUUGCGAUACUUGGGCCAUGAUAUGAUAUUAUUGCGAUACUUGGGCCAUGAUAUGAUAUUAUUGCGAUACUUGGGCCAUGAUAUGAUAUUCUCAUGAUACUUGGGCCACGAUACGAUAUUAUUGCGAUACUUGGGGCAUGAUAUGAUAUUAUUGCGAUACUUGGGCCAUGAUAUGAUAUUAUUACAGUUUUUAACAUUUUGAAAUACAGUGAGUAUUGUCUUAUAAUAUAUUGCGAUGUACACAAUUUUUUCAACUGUUAAGCUAAUUUAGCGCUUGGCUUUCCUUUAUGUUUGUCUUAUUUACACAGUGUUUUAUUUUCAUAUAGCACUUCUUGCAAACCUCUUAUAUAUAUAUAUAUAUAUAUAUAUAUAUAUAUAUAUAUUUAUAUAUAUAUAUAUAAAUAUUUGUUGCACUAACUUUCUCCUCCUCUACGAUGUCACCUCUGUCAUCCUCACGGGACAAACAAUUGAUUUUAUUUUUCCAAUAUCAUAGAUUUGACUUCAUAUAAGCAAUUAAUUUGAAAAACCGAUACUUGGUAAAUGAGACGAUACGAUAUAUCACCAAACAAAAUAUCGCAAUACUAUGCUGUAUCAAUUUCUCUCCUACCCCUCAUGAAGACCCCAAGUUGUCGAGCUGGAAUCAUACGUCAAGCAAGAAUGAAACAACUUUUUUUCACCUUGAUUGACAUCUAACUCUGCUUAAAAGAGUUUAUAGUUUAUAGCGAAAUCUCUGACCUGCUGUUGUCCUCUUGUGAACCGGUUUCAAAUACAGUGUAAAGUUUUAUUGAGCCAGCGAGGGUUCAUUAUGGUCUAUCUAUUAACUUUUACACAGUGGUGGUCAGUGGUGGCCUCUCUGCUUGAUAUUCCUUUGCCUCUGAGUCACUAGCUUUGGUCAAAUUUCCACCUGGAACAAGGUUGAACAGAGAGUGGAAAGUUGGCAGGAAAUACUGAAAAUUACAGGUGCAGAUAAUACAGAGGCGUUCUGCUGCUGCAAGCCUUAGAUAAAGCCACUGAGUAAAUAAAAGUUAGCAGAGCAGUAAACCAUCAAGGUGACUUUACUCAAAUAAAAGGAGACUGUUCACUCUCUUACUGUCCAGGUUUGGUAAGAGUAUGCUGCUGUUAUUAGUAGAAUAAAACUCCUGUUUCUGAAUGAAUCACUGACUGUAUUAUGUCUGAAGGUCAUUGUUUGUGUACAGUCCUUAAUCCUGUGGGUGUCGUACUCUUUUUGUCCUCUCUAGACUCCGGUGCUCACUGUCAGCACUCCUCUUCUGCACUUUCGUCAUCUCACUCGUGUUUGCUGUCAUACCACUGUGUUACCAUGUGGCACUGUUGUCUGUUGCCAUGGCAAUU